AUGGCCGACUUCCCGCCGAGAUCGACUUCUGCUUUCGGUCAAUUCUGGCCAACGUCUGAUUGCUAUCCAUCUUCGACGCAUUUACUGGCCCUCCUCACUCUUUCGAAAUUACAACGGCACAACGCGUCUAUUUAUCUUGUUACCAGAUAUUUCCGAUCUGAGUGUCGCCUGCUCAUCACGACACUUGUUUCCCACAGCUAUUACUCGCGUAAGACUCUGAGCAAAGUACACAAACUUACUUCCACUACCGGCCUGAUGUCGCGUUCCGACCACGAAAGGAGCAUUGAACAACAGCAGAACCAUUUUGUGCUUCUGGUAGAGCGACUGCGCUGCUACGGGCGUCGUUGCUCCUUUCCCGCAUGUUGUGAAUCAGCUCACACGCGUCAGAAUGGAUCUCCCCAGCCAAAUGACCUCCUCGCACAAACCAAGGCAAACGACGAGGCUAUUGCUCGUCUGCAUCAAGCAUGUACGACACUGGGAGUCUCUGACCACGUCGAGGAAUUUGCGCAACAUCUCUUUCGGGAUUUCUUCAUGCCUGUCACCCCCGAGGUCGUCGGCGUGAUGGAGAGGGCAGGUAUCGCAGCUUGUAUCUGGACCUCUUGUUCCGAACACAAUCCCGACAUCAGUAAAGACCAGGUUUGCCUCGCCGUCAACAUCGGGAUGGAGGGGAUGGAGCCUCUGCAGUAUUCUCUCGAGAAGGUGCAGGCGUCCUAUGCCAAAUCCAGAAAUCGGUAUUUCAAGCGCAAACUUCGUGCCAGGUCAGUAGCAAGAGGUGCCGUCUAUGACCACGCCACCAGACGAAGGAGGAGGUUGUGUGGCAGAGAUGUGACUGGGGAGCUGAGAGCGCAGAUCUUCAUUCUGGCUAGUCGGUUGUGA